AUGACGGCUCAGCAGAAGCAAUUCGUCCGAGAGCAGCUGGCCUCCAUUUUCCGCGAAACGACGAACCAACCCCUACACGAAUUUGACCCCAGAAACCCUGAGUUCUGUCAGCGGUACGGCCCCUUUUCAUCUCACGAGAGCUUCGUCGACGCUCUCGUUGAGAGGAUCGCCGCCGUCGCAUCGUUUGCACUCGAUGAGGAGGAGGAGGCCGAGGUCAUUGACGUGGUGAUGCAGCUGAAAAGAUCAAGGGGAGGCGACUUCGUGUUCACGCACGGCAACUUUUGCACCGACAACGUCAUCGUGGGCCCUGAUGGGCACGUUUUGGCCCUGUUGGACUGGUCGCAGGCAGGCUUCUAUCCGAGGUACUGGGAGUGGGUUAAGGCAAGGCUUGCGGCGCGCCAGCAUAGUGAGGAAUGUGACAAUAUCUUCAUUUCUGAGGAUGGUUUGGAUGUUAUCGAGCCUGGUGUCAGUUGGGAGGAUGAGCUCUGGAGCGUAGAGGCUGGUUUCGAUGUAAUCUGGUAA